AUGGAUGCUCCCAUUGAACCAUCACCUCGUUGGGGUCAAUGUUCUGCUGUAGCUGACGGACACCAUUACGUGUGGAGGGGGAUUGGUCCAGGACUGGGGUCUAACAUCAUUGCUGUGUGUGAUCCAAGUACUGAGCUGUGGAGCCUCUUGGCCACUACUGGACCUCUACCCUAUGGAGAGUAUGGCGGUCGCUCUGUUUGUGUAGGUCGUUGCCUGUACACCUUUGGUGGUCAUGAUGGGUCUUCUUUUUUCUACAAUGACAUGGGCAAGCUUGAUUUAGACACUCUCCAGUGGACUGAAUUUCAAUCCUCUGGUAGUCAGCCUAUGAAAAAAAUUUGCUGUGGACUUGUCCGUGUGAAUGAAAAAACUCUGUGCUGCUUUGGAGGUUAUUGUAUUGAGGGCCCCACACAACCAGGAGCAACAUUCACCAGAAGCACACGAUUUACUGAUGGACGUGGAUGGACAAAUGAAAUCCAAUUCUUUAAUAUAGAAAAUGGUGUAUGGUCGUCCCCUGAGCUCAAAGGAGAGAGACCUCCCUGCGCUAACAUCACCUUCACCAUGGUGGACCAGCAUAGGGCAGUCCUCUUUGGAGGGAGCCAACCUGAACGUAAUGGGGUCAAUGAUGUCUACCUUUUCAAUUUCAGGGACAUGGAGGUCACUAAGGUGAAGCCAGUAGAUGGAGAGCCAUGGCCAGUGGGGAGGAGAUAUCAUGCUGCCUGUUGUCUCAACUAUGACCAGGACCAUCCUCAAUUUCUGGUGCACAGAGGAGAAAGUGUGGACGACAAACUGGUAACACCUGAGUCAGUGAAACCAUGUUACUUCCACUCCAUCACUGCCACCAGUCUGGGACUAGGACUCACCGAGGUCCUCGUGUUUGGAGGCCGAUUGGAAAAUCAUAGGACAGUUGAUGAAACCACCAUACUGAGAUUUGAGUUGACUGGACCCUCAGCGUCUGUUGCUGGACCCUCGGCUGGGAAGUGGACUCUCGUGGAUGUGGCCCACAAUGACACUAGAUGCUCCGCCAAGCGACGGAGGGAGAAGAGGAUCAGACAAGCAACUGCUCGUGCCUCAUCAGUCAGUGAGACCAGCGACAACUCCUCUCAAGACCGGGUGAGGGCUCUAGAACAACAGUUACGAGCAGCAGAGCAGAGAGAGCAUGAUACUCAACGUCACCACCAACUACAAUUGCAAGAGAAGGAUCGAGAAUUAGCUACACAAUCUAGAGAAUUGACCGAGGUCAACCGUCGUCAUGGAGAUGCGGAGGAAAGAGCACAGCUGGCAGAACAAAGAGAGCAAGCUACACUAUUACUUUUACAAGUGAAAGAUCGAGAAUUGGCUGAGGCCAACAGAAGAGAAGCUGACCUGUCUGCUCGAAUCACAGCUCUAGAGAGGGAGUUAGAAGGCAAGACGAAAGAGUUGGCAGCACACAACACAGAGGUGUGGAGGAUUCCGGCCAACAGAGUGAUCAUUGGCAGGAGGAUUGGCAAAGGAGGGUGGGGGGAGGUGCUGGAGGGAACAGUGAGCGUGGCCGUCAAGCGACUACACGAAGAAAUUGCUCUCCCAAUCUACAUCGAAAAAAUGGAGAGAGAAAUGAGGCUAUUGGCUGAAGUGCGACACCCAAACCUUGUGCAAUUCAUUGGUGCUAUUUUUGACGAGCAAAACCAAGCCAAUCGAUCCCCUCCUCUCAUCAUCACCGAGCUUCUGGACAUGAAUCUCCGACAAGCGUACGAGAGGAAUCAACUGGACCCAAGAAACCGCCUCUCGAUCUUCAUGGACAUUGCCCUAGCUUUAGACUACUUGCACCAGCGCUAUGAUCCCAUUAUCCACCGUGAUGUGAGUGCUCCCAACGUCCUCCUCCAGCGAAUACCCAACCACCAGUGGAAGGGGAAGGUAUCUGACCUGGGCUCAGCCAACUUCCUGCAGCAUGCUCAUACGAUGGGAGAGGGGGCCAUAAUCUACUCCCCUCCUGAAGUCAUCCCUCAACCAUUCGCACGACCUCCUCCACAAACUGUCAAGAUUGACGUGUACAGCUACGGCAUUGUGUUGGCUGAAGUGACUGCCAGUCGAUUUCCGAGUCAAGACAAUUUCCCUGAGAUGUUUGAGAGAAUAGAGAGGCAGCAUCCUGCAGUGUACGAGCUGAUUGUCCACUGCACUAAGAGAGAGCCCAGCCAUCGACCCAGCAUGGCACAGGUGAUGGUGGAACUGAACAAAAUAGCACCCUUUUAGCUAUGAACAAUGUGAACACAUGUCUAGUACCGUCUUUUUCUUAUGAUUUUUAAUAACUUCGUGAAUUUAUUUUUAACUUUGGCUUUAAUUUGUAGUGUGUG